AUGGACUGCCGAAGAGAACGAUCGUACGAGGCGGUAACCCUUCGUCCAUAUCUUGGUCUAAUCCAUGAAUAUCGCAACUAUUUUCAUCCAAAAAUUGAUAAAAUACGUCUUUUUAUCAGAGGAAUUGACGCUCGACAUCACUCGCCUUUCCCUAAGAGACAUUUAAUUUUCUUCCAAAAUCUGGCUGCAGAAAAAUUUCUACGGGAUGUAUAA